UCCACCGUCACCCCAGAGCAACCAGCAAUCGUCUCUCGCUCUCUAUCUGUUGGUGUUUGCUUUCUCUGUUUCUCUCUUGCUCUACAGCAAGCAAGGAAAGAAGAAGGAACGAAGGAGGUUUGGUUUGUCUCUCUGUUUCUCUUUUGACGUUGAGAAGAAGGGAGGAAUAAUGAUGCAGGCGUGGGGGACGGCGGCAUGCGUGCAGCAGGCGAGGGGAGGAGGCGGCGAUCCACUGGAGAGGGUGGAGCGGCUGGCGUCGAGGAGCGCCGUGGUCAUAUUCAGCGAUAGCUCCUGCUGUAUGUGCCACGCCGUGAAGAGCCUCUUCUGCGGCAUGGGCGUCAGCCCCACCGUCUAUGAGCUCGACGAGGACCCCAGGGGGAAGGAGAUCGAGCGGGCCCUCGCCAGGCUGCUGGGCACUCCGCAGCCGCUGCCGGCGGUCUUCAUCGGCGGCAAGCUCGUCGGCCCCAUGGACAGGGUCAUGGCCUCCCACAUCAACGGCAGCUUGGUUCCUCUCCUCAAGGAGGCCGGGGCCCUUUGGCUCUGAUCCGACCGGCAUGCAGUCUUCUCUCUUCUUCAUACUGAUCGAACCACCACUGAGUUCUUUCCUUUUUCUUUUUCUUCUCAAUCCGACUGUCCCUUUGUUUCCUUUUUCGUACGUUACAUGUAGUUAGGAAAGAGGAAGAGAGAGAAAGACAGAUGUAAGAGAGUCAUGGGGAAGGAGGGAUGGGUCUGUUUGCCUUCCUAUCUCCAUUUUUGCACGCCAUGGCUCUCUCGCUCUCUCUCUCUCUCUCUGGUUCUUCUUCUUCUUUGGUUUUAGUCCUUCUGGUGUCCUUUUCCUGAGAAGAGAUAGUGUAAUUGGAAGGGGAAGGUGGUUACCUUUUUGUAUAGAGAACAAUACACGAAUUUUUAUGAGAUGGGUCUUUGCUUA